CCUCCCUGAUGGUGGAAGACCAGCGCGUUGGCGAGAGCGGCGAUCUAUGUCCGAACAGCACAACGGUUAAAUUUUGUUACUAAGAUGACAUCUGAUGAUGCCUCGUCCAAAGAGAUCCUUUGCUACGGGUUCAACCAGGAUGCCACAUGCUUGGCUGUCGGGUUGCGCACAGGCUACCGCAUCUACACGUGCCGACCAUUCGCGCAGUGCUUCGCCAUGACCGACGGAGGUAUUGGGCGAGCGGAGAUGCUGUUUAGCUCCAGCCUGGUUGCCCUUGUCGGCAGUGGGGACAGGCCUGCUUUUAGCCCGCGUCGGCUCUGCCUAUGGAACACGAAAAAGGACCACUCCAUCUGCGAGGUCAACUUCCUUACGGCCGUGCUAGCUGUCAAGCUCAACCGCAAGCGCGUCGCGGUAUGCCUCAAGACAGCCCUGCACGUGUUCGAUAUAUCGGACAUGAAGUGCCUCAGGACUCUCGAGACGGCGCCCAACCCGCACGGAGUCAUGGACCUCUCGCCUAACGAGGAAAACUGUCACCUAGCGUUCCCUGAUGGGGCUAAGGCCGGGAGUUCCGGCGGGGGCGGAGAGGUUAUCUUGUACAAUGCUCUGGACCUGAAGGUCCUGAACAAAGUGGUGGCCUGUCGGAGUCGAGUCGUGGCGGUCAGCUUCAGCAGAGACGGCAAGCUGCUUGCCACUGCGUCUGAGCAAGGCACAGUAAUCCGCAUAUUCACGGUCCCCGCUGCAGUGAAGUUGUACACCCUGCGAAGGGGCACCACGAGCUGCGACAUCUACUCCAUGUCCUUCAACGCAGCCGCCACGCGCCUCGCCGUGUCGAGCUCCACCCGCACAAUCCACAUCUUCGACGUGUCCGCCGGGGGCGCAGCGGGGGGCGCAGCGGGCCGCCGAUCUAACAGCAGCCCGCGACAAGGGGGCAAUAGCGGCGGCGGGGAGCAAGAAGGGGACGUAGAUAACGGCGGCGGCGCAAAUAAGAACGGUUCACGCCCCGGGGGGGCAUCAGACGGCAACGACGCCAGCAGCAGCAACAGCAGCAGCAGCAGCGGGCUCGCAAGCGGGUUUCGGUCCAUGGUCGGGAUGCUCCCCAACAGGGUGACGAAGAGAAUGCAGGACUACGUAGAUUGCGAGCGGUCGUUCGCGAGCGUCCGCCUCAGAGGGAGCGCCGGCCGCAGCAUCUGCGCGCUCAUCCCCGCCGGCGACAGCGGGGUAUGGACCGGCAAGGGCGGGGGGGGGGAGCACGAGGGCGGCGGGCAAGGCGAGGACGAAGAGGUGGCCCGCGAAAUCUUGCUAGUGGUAACGAACGAGGGCAUUCUCUACUCGUAUGUCGUGGACACGGUUAACGGGGGCGAGUGCCGCUUGGACGAGGCCUCUUCGCUGCUGAUGGACCCCAGCGCCAGCCAGGAGAUCGGGUCCGAGUUGUUCGUGCCGGAGCGACACGCCCCGCCCGUGCUCGCCGGACAAAGUUAGCCGGAGAUUUUGGAAGGGUCGGAAGGGGGGGGUCGGA